GCCUCCUCCCGGCACACGCGGUGGGGGCGGCCCGGCGGGGACCCUGCGCGCCGCGGCAGCGCCGGAGGGAGCCCGGCGGAGGCGGACGGGCCGCGCGCGGCGCAAUAGAAGGAGCAUAUUUGGAAAGGAAUUGAAUUGAUACUCAGCGUGCUUCCCAUGUGUUAGAAGCCAAUGAUUUAUGAAAAGGGAGGGGGAAAACAGAGCGGCCAGUCUUUAUUUUGAGUUGCAUCAUCUUUGUGCAUCAAUGAGAGGUCCAAGUAUGGCUUUGUUCAAGCAACAGAAGGUGGAGGACGUUUACGAAAUUGGGGAAGAGCUGGGAAGUGGCCAGUUUGCUAUAGUGAAGAAGUGUAGAGAAAAAAGCACCGGUAUGGAGUAUGCUGCUAAGUUCAUUAAAAAACGUCAGAGUCGGGCCAGCCGUCGUGGUGUGAGACGUGAGGAAAUCGAACGGGAGGUUACUAUUCUGCAACAGGUUCUGCACGCCAACAUCAUCAAGUUGCAUGACAUCUAUGAGAACAAGACAGAUGUGGUCCUCAUCCUUGAGCUGGUUUCUGGAGGAGAACUUUUUGACUUCCUGGCACAGAAGGAGUCUCUGAGUGAGGAGGAAGCAACCAGAUUCAUCAAGCAGAUUUUGGAUGGUGUGAAUUACCUUCACUCUAAGAAAAUUGCUCACUUUGAUUUAAAGCCUGAAAACAUUAUGCUUCUAGAUAAGAAUAUCCCUAUUCCACACAUCAAACUCAUUGACUUUGGUCUGGCGCACAAAAUAGAGGAUGGAGUUGAAUUUAAAAACAUUUUUGGAACUCCAGAAUUUGUAGCUCCAGAAAUAGUAAACUAUGAACCACUUGGACUAGCUGCCGAUAUGUGGAGCAUAGGAGUCAUCACCUACAUACUGCUUAGUGGUGCAUCACCUUUCCUUGGAGAAACUAAACAGGAAACACUUGCCAACAUCACAGCUGUGAAUUAUGAAUUUGAUGAAGAAUUUUUCAGCAGUACUAGUAAUCUGGCAAAAGAUUUUAUUCAGAAACUCCUGGUGAAAGAUACACGGAAACGGCUUACCAUUCAAGAAGCUCUGUCUCAUCCAUGGAUAACGCUGAAAGAAGACACAAAAGUCCAAGAAAACAAGAAGGUCGAGAACACACAGUUGAAGACAAAACGCCUGAGAGAGUACACCAUAAAGUGCCAUUCGAGUAUGCCUCCCAACAACACCUACAUCAACUUUGAGCGCUUUGCCCGGGUAGUAGAAGACAUUUCACUUACGGAACAGGGUUUCGGCACUUUGGCUGCAUCCCACGAUUCCUUGCAGGAGGACAUUGAAGCUCUGGUUUCCAUUUAUAAUGAGAAAGAAGCUUGGUAUAAAGAAGAGAACGAAAGCGUGAGGCACAAGCUGUCUCAGCUGAAGUAUGAAUACCGCAAAAUUGAAUCCCUGAAAAGAAAUCUACAAGAUGAUAUCAAGACUGUAGGCGCCAGUCUCACAGGCAUAACCGGGAAAUACGCUGAUCUGCAGAAUCAGUAUGAAUCUCUCAGUCGGGAACUUUCUGAGGAACUCAAGUGGAUACAGGAUUUAAUGAGUAGUUUUCAACUGGAAAAUGAAGCCUGUGUGAAUGGAAACUUUGACUCUGUUUUCAACAAAGAUAUUAAUGAAUCAGUAAUGGAGCUGUUAAACAGAUCUCGCUGUGAAGAGUUCCUUGCAGGGUUGAAUCUUGAUGUAGCAGAAUCAAAUCAGUAAUGUUAUAGAUCAGGUUAGGUGCAGGGUUUGCUACGUGUUUCAACGUAAAGCAGUUUAAAGUUUUCAGUGCAUAGAUUCUACACAAAAACAUCACCUAGAAUUAAAAUAGAAAUUCUAACAUAUUGCACAAGUUGCUGACCAAAACCAUAAACUGCCAGUGGUUUGUAGUGAUGAAGUUUUUUUUUUCCAUGUUUGGUGUCUGAAUUUACAGGAACUAGAUUAUCACAGUGGUAUGGACACAUCUAACCCUACAGCCUUUUGCGUUGCCUAUAUCAUAAUACUUCAUGUAUUAUAGCUCCUGAACAUUACUAAGUAAUUGACUUGGAAUAAAGAGUAAGUCAGUCUUAGUAGAAUCUGAGUGCCUGAAAACUAAUAAAAAUCUCAUGAUAGCAUCUUUGGUUGGAUGAAGGAAACAGUCGUGUAGACCUCCAGCAGGCAGUUCUAUAGACCAUAUGAGAGAAAUAUUUGCAAAGGUUAAGUCUGUCCCGUAAAACAAAGUAAAUGGUGUAGUAAUUUAAGAUUUAGCUAGUACUGUGGAAACUCUCUGUGAAAUAGCUGCUGAUGAAAAAAAGUUAAGACUAUAUCUUAGGCCUGUUAUGCAGGGUGAAAUCUUUUACCAUCCAAGGUGUUAGCUGUUGAUUAAUCCUUUAGUUUAAAAUUCAACUAAAUUUCAUGUUCUAUACCAAUGAAAUCUUGUUCAAAAGACAAAAUUGCGAGCAUGUAAUGAGCUGAUCAGACAACUACAUACGUAAUUUUACAGUGCAAAUAUUAAUUUGUGAGUGAUAAAUGAUAAUGUAGACCUCUGGUUUGCUUUCUACAGUAAAGAAGAUGACAAAGCUGCAACUAAUUUAAUCUGUGGUGUGGAGUUUGAAUCCAUGGUUCUUGGUGUGAAAAUUUUUUUUUUCUUAAGUUUUAGAAAGUAAAAGAAAAGUUGGCCCAAAUUUGAAUCAUGCCCUGCUGUCUUAUAUUUCAAAGGAGUCACUUGAUUAUAAUGUAUUAAUACGUACAGGUGUACCCAUCUUGGUUUUGGACACAAUAAAUAGUUAUUUAUGCAGGAUGCAAUUGUUCUCUGGUUGUCUAGUUAGGGACUGAAAAAGAGAUUUCAAGCUUCUGUUGGGAAGAGUUACCAGCCUAGGUUCUGCAGCUAAUUUACAGCCCCUUUGCUUAACUGUAUGAAUUUGCUGCAAGGGAGCUGUUACGCAGCUACAGGAAACAGUGAGAUGGAAGCCAUGUAUCCCUGCAUCACUGCUCAAGUCCAUCUGGAGUGAAUCUUUUUUUAUAUAUUAGAGUAUGUCUUUCACUGCCCAUCCUCCCUCCUCCUUUUCUAGAGAAGCGAAUGGCGUAACUAAAUUGUAUGUUGUUGUUCAUAGCAUUAUUAAGAAUAAUGGUUCCUACUUUGAGAUGAAAAGAUAAAAGCAUACUCUUAUCCCACUUGUGUAGAGUACCAUGGACCCAUCACUACUAUGUCCUCGUAAAGGCGUGCAGAGGCUGGUGAAAAUUCAGAGUUCUGAAAACAGUUAUUCAAUAGAGGUAUUGUUAUUCCUGCAAAUGUACUUGGUGGAGGAUGGAAACUGGAUGUGCUAUCUGUGGCAUCUUUCUUUGCACAAGAUGUAAGGAUUUCAAAAGCUCUGAAGUCCUGUAGAUAGCCAGAUGUCCCUAACAAGCUGGUGUUGGUGGUUGGUGAGAAUUGGGCUCAACUGUGACAAAUAGUAUUGAGAAUAUUACUUAUGUCCAUGUUUUAUUCUUGCAGAACGCUUCAGUCGUUACUUCUGUAGGUUCCUUUGAGCUGGAAUACCCACGAUACUGUCUAGGGGAACCGAAUUUUUGUUUGAGGGAGGUUUUAAUUCUUAAAAGUAACUUAAAGCCUAUUGAUAGUUAAUAUGUGCCUUUAGAAAGGACUUGCAAGAAAGAGAGUCUGCCUUUCCCCAGCCGUGAUCUCAUGUUCUUUGUUCAUACAGAUUUUCUUUAUGAACAAAUGCACUGGCAUGAUGAGAAGGAAUGUUAAAUCAGGCCACUCUGUUCCUGAGCAUGUUUGGAUGAGGUUAAUAUUGUUGUGACUCAGUCCUUGAGGCUAGUGCUCUCUGAGCUGAAGGAGGUCACUGACAUACUGCUUUUGAGAAGAUACUUUGAUGAUUGAGAAAAUGACAAGGUCACUGGUUUGCAGGCUAUUUAGAAAUUGAGAGGCAGUUAUUACUUGGAGUACUGUGAAGUGAGCUAUUUUGAUUCAUGGUUCUACUGCUGAAAGGGCACUUAGAAAUUUUUCAUGAUGAUUGUAUAGCUGACAUUUAGCCAGUGACAUUUUUUCCACUUCAAAUUGAUUUCUAGUCAGUGUUUUGUUGCACUAUGCUAGCCAUUUGCAGCAUGCGGAAAUUAUAUUUACUGCUUAAAUGUCCCAUUUCUGUUGUAUGCAAAUGGUACAUCUAAAUGAGAAAGAGGCCUAGCUGAUAGCUUGGCUCCUUGAAUUACUGCUGAGAUAUCUGCACAAAUGCUAUACCUGUAGCGUUUGAUGAGAAAAGUAAGUUUGUUGUUUUAUAAACUUUACAAAUGAUGUUGCUGAAAAAAAAAAAAAAAGUUUAGAUCUUCACUGAUGUGUCUUCCAUUCUCCUUUGGUACUCUUGCUUCUUCAGGUGUCUGGCUUGAUAAUUGAAUUCCAGUUCAGUGUAAAUAUUUCUGGGUUAUCCACCUCCUACAUAUGCAGAUCAGAACUGCUGAAAUGGUUGAUACUCCAUAAACUCCAUAAUCUUUCAAGGGUUGAUUCCCGCCCUCUCUCUUUUCACUUUUACCAGAUCUGGUUUUGAACUUUUUUUUCUCUUCUCAAUCUGUCAGAAACAGUUUUCUGGUCUAUUCAAAUUUUGAUGUGGUUUUGGGAUUCAA